AUGAGCAGUCAACUUAAUGUGAUAUUUAUACUAAUUGCUGCUUUAUUAUUCGUACGAGUAAAUGGCCGUACUCUUACUGAGGAAGAGUGGGAACUACUGCAAACUACAUAUGUUUUGCCAAAUAGCGCUAUAUUACUGCACGCUCUUGUGUUCUUAGCCAUUGUUCUACUGCUACUUUAUCCACCUGAUGCUUUCGUGGGUGCUGGUUUCACUUUCGACAAUCUUGCCUAUGCAUAUCUUGGAUCACCGGAGUUCAACUAUAUUGAAUUUCACUGUAGACGUUUCGUUCUCAUUAGGGCCUUUAUUGCUUGUCUUCCAUACUUACUGAUAUUGAGCUUGUACUUCACAAAGGAUCAUGCUGUUUUGUUUACUGCUCAUCCGACAAGAGUGAUACACUACAUUGCUAUGAUUUCUCCUGUUUUAGCAAUAGGAGCGGUUGCCUACAUCAUUUACCACACUAUGACGAGUUUCUGUAAAUUACUUGCUAUGCGAAAAUUGAAGGAUUACGGUUACGAUGCUCAACAAGCAUUUACUACACUUUCAAGUGAAUUCAUUCGUAUUGAUGCUUUUCGACACGCAAUCUCAAAUGUCAGCAAGAUCAUUAUCACUGAUUCGUGCAUUUUUUACUGCUCACGAUUUCAAUUUAUCGUAGCGAAGCUACCAGAUGUUCAGUUUCAUGUGGUCCAAGCUGAAGAUACGAUGAAUCGCCUUCAUCAUGCCUUAGGAAUGAAUCAGUAUCUCACAAUUGCCGUGUCAUUACCGUCUGAUAUCAAACACUUGAAUUUCGAGUUCAAAAUCGAUAAUGUAUCCAUGCGUGAUCUGGAAACCAAACUGGGUGCUGGACGCAUUGAAUUUUCGCAAGAGGUCAGAUUGAAGUUGUCGCUGACCGACAAAUUUAUUCAGGCUUUCCUAGACCAAGCUAAGAAGAAUCCUCGAUUCCACAAUUAUGUCAAAGAGGAACUUGACUCAUGCCUUGGAUGCUCGGAGAAGUUGUCCAAUGUUAAACUGUGGAGACAAUGUCACGCUAUCGAUAUUAAUCUGGAAAUAGGCGGUGAAACAUCAAACUGUACUCCGUGUCAUUGCCGUCCUAUGUGGUGUGUGUCAUGCAUGGCUCGGAUUUUUCUCGCUAAACAAGAUCAGUCUCGACCUGCAUCAUGGCUUGAAGGAACAUGCUCUUGUCCUACCUGCAGGGCAAUCUUUUGCUAG